CGGAAAAAAGUUUUAAACUCAGGAAUUUCACUCAAAAUAUAAAUUUUAUUAAAAUUAAAAAGAAUCAGAGAUCAUAUCAACUUCAUCUAGGUGAUAAGAUAAUCCUCUAAACAGUUUACUAAUAUUUUUCUAUAAAAUCUUUAAAAAACUAAUAACAAUGAGUCAAGAAUCAGAAAAAAGUCUGAAUAUUUCUGAAGCUAACGACAUGACCAAAUUUUUCAUCGAUACUCCGUCUAAUGAUCAAGUCAGGAAUUAUUUUCUUCAGCAAAUAAGGCUUGCUCGCCAUUUAACACCGGAAACAGAAUCAUCACCUGAAUUAAGCAUAUCGUUUGAAGAAUACAUAAAUAAACAACGUUCUAAACGAUCUGAAGAGGAUAAAACUGACUCAAUGGAAAAUCUUCGCGUAUCAUCAAAAUCUUCUGCUACAUCACUUGCUGGUCGAAUCAAUCGUUUUGCUUCAUUAAAUGAUACAACUGUAAAUGGUCUUGAAGAUACUUUAAUGAAAUGUGACGAUGAAUCUUUUCUUGCUAUGGAAAGGAUGUGCGAAAACACACUCAAUUUAAACAACGUUUCAGAACAUCUCAUUGAUCUGACUACGUUGGAUGAUAGUCCAGUUGAUCUUCAUGUUAAAAGUAACAGAAAAGCUGAUGAAACUGAUUUGAGAAAUAUUGAAGCUCCAUCAUUUUUAUUCAACAAUUCUUCUAUAAUAUCUCCACCAAGUAUGAAUUCACCAUUAGCAGCAGCUAAAGCAAAUCGUCCAUCGACAAUCUUGGAAGUUAGCGAGAGUUCUUGCUCAUGGAAGACGAACACGACUUAUCGUACAGCGUUAAUUCAAACAGGAUCAACUGAAGCGAGUGAUUAUAAAACAGCAGAUGAAGGAACAUUCACAAAGAGUGAAAUUCAGGAGGAAGACGAAGAAAUAUUAAUUAAAAUGCCCAAAAUUCGAUCAUUCUAUGACAACAGCAUUACAAAAGAUUCACUUGAUGUAACAAAUGAUGAUCAAAAAUCUAGGGACAUGACAAAAGAUUCAUUGAAUGAAAUAUCAUCAAGUGGAGUUGACUCAAGUUUUGAUAGAGAGGAAGAUGAAUCACUGGAUUUAGCUGGAGCUGAAAAUAUGAAUGAUACGCUUGAACAGAUUGAAUUCAUGUUGGCUCAAGCACAAAAGAUGCAGGAAAAAAAAGAUACUGAAAAGAAGGCAAUUCCAAUUGCAAUUAGUCCAUUUACAGCGAAAACUCCACAACAUUCAUCAGUGACUAAAACAUUAAAGCCAGGAACAGCUGUAAAAACGAUUUCAUCGCCAUUGAUAAAAUUUUCUCCUGUCGUAAAGAACAGCCCAGCACAAGCUAAUGCAGGAUUCAAACAUCCAUCACAAAAGUCUGCAACAAAAACUCCUCUGUCUCAUCUCACUGCAAGUCAUAAGAAAAAAUAUCAGGAUGUUCCCAGUCCAGUCUCACGAUAUAUCAACAACACUCCAGGGUUACCUUUGACAUCAACAGCUCGAGUUUAUCCAGGAAUUGGAACAAGCCCAAAGCGGUUUAAUUUCCGUGACAGUGAUAAAUUUUCAAAGGAAAACGAAAACACUAAAAGUGCGUCAAAAUUGACAUCAUCGUUGCCUAUGCGAGCAAAAACAAACAGUUCAACAAUGGCAAAAGUGUUAGUUCAUCGCGACCUGGAGAAAGUUCCUGGGGGGCAGAAAAUUCACAACUUGUUGAAACAUUCAAGCCCAACAGUAACAUAUCAUCAAGGGCAUGUUAGAACAACCGAUCAACCGAAAAUAUUCCAAAAUCGCAUGCACAAUGAAACUGCAAUUUCUGAACAAAGUUUUGCAGAUUUGAGUCUCAUCUCAGGGGAUAUCUCUGUUCAAGUUGUUGAGGAAGCUAAAAGAGCCAAGUAAAGCAUAAAAUAUUCUACAUAUAGACAACAUUAUUCUUCAUGAGUUAACUUUUAUUUCAUUUAAAUUCGUUUCAAUCGCUAUUCUAUUUAAUAAUAUUUUAAAAGUUUUUUUCUUCUAUAAUAUGGAUGGCAUGUAGCAAGCAUUGAUUAAAAUAUAAAAAACUUUUUUUUGAUAUAAAAUAAAAUAAAAAAAUACCUACCUAGUUUUUAAACUUUAAGGACACAACAA